AUGCAAACCGCCCAAAGAGCCGUGACGAUUCUUGGGGCCGGGACGCAGGGUACGCGGCUGGCGUUCAUGUGGACAAAGAAAGGCCGACCAGUGUACCUCGUCGAUCAGAAUCAACAGCAGCUCGAGAAAGCCAAGAAGGGUAUUGAGGAUUUGCGGUCACAGCUACAAAGCUUCUGGGCGACGUCGACGCACUGGGGUGAAAUCAUAACCUCAUCGCCCGAUGCCCUGGAGCAAGCAGCGUCGGAGUCAUGGAUGCUAUUGGAGUGUGUGCCCGAGUCUCUCCAGCUCAAGCGCACAGUUGUUCGGCAGUUAGACGAGAUUGCCGAUCCCGAUACGAUCGUCGCUUCCAAUUCCAGCAGUUACACGAUCGAAGAGAUCUUGGAAGACCAGAGACUUAAGCAUGCGGAUAGAUUUGCAAGCUUGCAUUCAUAUUGGCCACCUGAAACUUCUGCAAUCGAAGUAAUGGGUUCGACCAAGACGAAGCCCGAGAUCAUCACCUUGCUAAUGGAGGAGACAAAGAAGCACGGCUUCUCGCCCUUUCACGUCCGCAAGACAUCGACAGGAUAUAUUUAUAACAGGAUUUGGGCAGCAAUCAAGCGAGAAGCCCUUCUGACUUUGUCCGAAGGCGUCGCAACGCCGGAAGAGAUUGACGCGAUCUUCAAGGACGUGCUGAAAACGCCCAAAGGUCCUUGCGAGCAGAUGGACGUAGUCGGAUUGGAUGUAGUCCGCGAUAUCGAGCAGCAUUAUGCAGAUGUAAGAUCAGGUAUCCCAGAGCAACCUCGGACGUAUCUGCAAGAGAUGAUUGACCAAGGCAAGCUUGGUGUGAAGUCGGGUUCUGGGUUCUAUCAAUAUGAUAAGAAAUGA